AUGGGACUGUGUUUGCAGGAUGGUUCUGAAGGUUACAGCCUCCUACUGAUUUCCUUCCUGUUUGCAGAGAGCAGCAACCUUCAUUCGGCCUGUGUCCAUGAGAGUGCUGUGCACAGUCGAGUCUUCCAGAUCUUAUACAGGAAUGAAGAAGUUCCCAUAAAUGACGUCAUGCUCUUCCGGGCUCAUUUGCUCUUAGAUGGUGAGAGGGUAGAAGAUGCACUGAGUGAGGUCGAGUUUCAGCUCAAGGUGGACCUGCACUUCACGGAUAGUGAGCAGCAGCUGAGAGAUGUGACUGGGACACCGAUGAUCAGCAGUCGCACACUUGGCCUGCACUUUCACCCCAGGAGAGGUCUCCACCAUCAAGUCCCUGUCAUGUUCGACUACUUCCACCUGUCGGUGAUUUCAGUGACCAUCCACGCUGCCCUGGUGGCUCUACAGCAACCUUUGAUCAGUUUCGCUCGCCCAGGAAGAGGCUCCUGGUUAGGGAAAGGUGGCCCAGACACAGGACCAGAACAGCCCAUUAUUUCUCUGGAAAACUUGGUCUUCGGAGCUGGAUACUGCAAGCCAACUUCCUCAGAGGGAAGCUUCUAUGUCCCCUCAGAGAACUGCAUACAACAUGCACACAAAUGGCACCGGGACCUCUGUCUGAUGCUUCUCCAUGCCUAUCAGGGCCUCCGACUCUACUUUCUGGUCAUCAUGAGAGACAUUCCUGAGCUGCCCACCAUGGAGCUUGAGGCCCUCGAUGUUGAAGAAACACUCUCUCAGCUGUGCUCAGAGUUACAGAUGCUGAAUAAUCCAGAGAAGAUAGCUGAACAGAUCAGUAAGGAUCUUACCUGGCUGGCCUCCCAUUUGAUGGCUCUGUGGACCCAAUUCUUGGAUACAGUGACUCUGCACUCCCAAGUGACUAUUUAUCUCACCCAGGAACACCAUACUUUGAGGGUCCGAAGGUUUUCUGAAGCUUUCUUUUAUAUGGAGCACCAAAAACUUGCAGUCUUGACCUUUCAGGAAAACCUGAUACAGACCCACAGCCAGCUAUCCCUGGACAUCCGGAACUCAGAGUAUCUCACCAGCAUGCCCCCACUGCCCGCAGAGUGCCUGGAUAUUGACGGUGACUGGAAUACGCUGCCAGUUAUCUUUGAGGACAGAUAUGUAGACUGCCCUGUCUCAGGGCAUAAUUUGAGUGUUGAUCCUAAUUUUGAUGUCCCAGUGACAAGUACUGCAACAAUGAAUUUAAAAGAGAAAGAAAAGAAUGUUAUAAAUGAAAAAUCAUCUUUGGGGAAGGACCUUCCAUUAUCUACUACAAACACACCCCAGUUGGGCUCUGAUGAGAAUGUUAUUAGUUGUUCAGAGACAGAAGAGAAUGUCUCUACACAGAAUCCUGUGGAUGUGUGCUCAGAAUCUCAGGUGUAUCUGACCAUUGGUGAAUUCCAAAACAAAGCAGUCAUGCCUAAAGAUGAAUGCUGGACUGGCCCAAGGCCUGUGAGAGAUUCAGAUGUGGACAUGCACAGGAGUCCAUGCCCUGAGGAUGGGAAGACCCCUGCAUUGACCUACAUUGAUGUGAAAUCUAGCAAUAAGAACCACCCUAGAGCUGAGCCCAUUCAGGGCCUUAAUGUGCACCAUGAGCACAUUAGAUCUCGGGAAAGCUAUGAUCUUGUUAAGACUCUGCCAAACAAAAUUGUAGCAGGAAUAAGUCAGAAUAAUGCCAUCAAUUUAAACCAAACAGCUGCCCUUGAUUUCAGGACUCUAGGAAGGGGAGCAGACCAGGAGGGAAAGCCUGUGCUGCUGAGCCUGAAACUUACCCCUGCUGAGCCCUUUGAUCCAUUGAAUACUGCUCUAAGGGAACCAUUGAACAACAUGUCUUCCCUGCAAGACAGUACAGAAGAGCAGGAAGAUCUGUCAGUGCUCUCUGGCAUCAUCAAGAGGUCAGCCUCCAUCAUAUCUGACUCAGGCAUUGACAGUGAACCAAGCUCUGUUGCCUUGUCUGAGGCCCGAAGCAGGGUCCUGGAUUUACCCAGUGAUCGGGAAGUUUUACAUAAGGUGGUGCAAAGGUAUGCCCACCACAGGAACUCUCUAGAGGGUGGUCAUACAGAAAGCAACACGAGUCUGCCUAGUGGCAUCCAGGCUUCUCUUACCUCUAUCAGCUCUUUGCCUUUUGAAGAUGAGGAGCGGGAGUUGGCACUUACUAAGCUAACCAAGUCUGUCUCUGCACCCCAGAUCAGCAGCCCCGAGGAUACUACUGAAGAUGCAGACACCAUGAAGAACACAGGAGGAUUUUCUGAAGACAUUUCUAGCAAGGACAACAAUUCACCUAGACACAGUUUUCAUUCUUAUGGAGGCUCUAGGGUCCAGGAUGUCAGGGCAGGACAUUCCCUUGCGGAUAUAGCUAUAGAUUCUGACAGACCCCAGGGCCCUGGGUACAUAGACAUCCCCAAAGGUAAAGUGAAUCAGUCUGAUCUUCAAGGACCCUGCAGUCUGGGUGGCAUGGCUGAGAACCCACCAAGUGUUGAAACCAAAGGUCUUAACUUAAAAAUACCAUGUACUAUAGUGCUUGAAAAUUCUAGAACCAGAUCUGUUCAUAGAGGAGCAGUAGGAACCACAAAAGGCAAACCUAAAGAAUCAAGUGGGGGUAAACACAUACUCCCUAAUAACAGCAUCUUAGAAGCCAGGGCUGUGUCUCACCACAGGGUGCCUGAAAUCAGUAGUUCAUCAGCUGUUGAAGCUGUUAACUUGAUUUCUACAGGUGUACAAAAUGGUUCAUCAAGUGUGAAUGAUACCAUGACAUUGAAUAGAAGACAUAAUGCCUCUCUGGAGGUCAGUCAAGAAGCAGGCACUGUGUGCCCCAGUGUGACUCACUCUAUUGCCUCCCAAAUGUCACGAAACCAAGAGAUGAAGACAGGAACUUCCAUUUCUGGAUCCCACUUGAACUCCGCAGAGGCCUUUACUCUGGACAGCCUAAAAGCAGUGGAGGUUGUUAACUUGUCUGUGUCUUGCACUGCCACUUGUCUCCCUUUCUCAUCUGUACCCAAGGAGCCCCCUGCUAGAGCUGGACUCUCUUCCAAACAAAGCCUAAGCCCCAUUACUCAUCAACCUUUGGGUUCCUUUGGAGUUGUUUCUACCCAUUCCAGAAAGUUGGAAGAAGUCAGUGAAAGGAUGCUCAGUUUUUAUCAGGCCAAAGAAAAGCUUAAAAAAGAACUGAAGAUUGAAGGAUUUCUGUACAGUGACUUAUCUGAACUAGCUUCUGAUAUACCAUAUUUUCCACCAGAGGAAGAGGAAGAAAACUUGGAAGAUGGAAUUCACUUGGUGGUCUGUGUCCAUGGCCUGGAUGGGAACAGUGCAGAUCUACGACUGGUGAAGACUUUCAUAGAACUGGGGCUUCCUGGUGGGAAAUUAGACUUUCUAAUGUCUGAAAAGAAUCAGAUGGAUACAUUUGCAGAUUUUGAUACCAUGACAGAUCGAUUGUUGGAUGAGAUUAUUCAACACAUCCAGUUGUACAACCUCUCCAUAUCCAGAAUUAGCUUCAUUGGCCAUUCUCUUGGUAACAUUAUCAUCAGAUCAGUUCUCACAAGGCCUCGGUUCCGGUAUUACCUCAACAAACUCCACACAUUCCUGUCAUUGUCUGGGCCUCACCUUGGGACUUUGUACAACAACAGCACCCUGGUCAGUACAGGCUUGUGGCUCAUGCAGAAGCUGAAGAAAUCUGGCUCCCUUUUGCAGCUGACCUUCAGGGAUAACGCUGAUUUACGCAAAUGUUUCCUUUACCAACUUAGCCAAAAAACAGGGCUGCAGUAUUUUAAAAACGUUGUUCUGGUUGCUUCUCCCCAAGACCGUUACGUGCCGUUUCAUUCAGCCAGGAUUGAAAUGUGUAAAACUGCCCUCAGAGACAGACACACAGGGCCAGUGUAUGCAGAAAUGAUCAACAACCUCCUGGGCCCUCUUGUGGAAGCUAAGGGCUGCACUUUGAUCAGACAUAAUGUGUUUCAUGCUCUGCCCAACACUGCCAACACUCUGAUUGGCCGUGCAGCUCAUAUAGCUGUGCUGGACUCAGAACUCUUCCUUGAGAAGUUUUUCUUGGUGGCAGGACUCAACUAUUUCAAGUAA